UUUCGGCAAGAGACACAAGUGAAGGGGGACUCCAUUUUUAAGACGCUAUAAAUCUGUCCGGGUGCAUUCGGCAAGGACUUUAAAUGCAACACACCCUUGGGCGCGCGGCGGAGAACGCCUGUUACGCACGAGGCGAGCGCGAGACGGGGGCAUUUCCGAACAAAUCUGUUAAAUGGUUGAACUUUAAAAAAUACGACAGUGGCUUUUGGAACAAGCAUUUCACCUGAUGGAUCUUCAAAAACUCUACUGCGGUGGCAAUGGGGCUGUCACAUGCCAACGGGACCGAGAGGAGAUAACUGGGGCAACUGAAAAUGUCGUUGUUUUUCUUCUGAAUUAGUCUGUUCAGCAUACUACAUAUGAGACUAACGACAACCAUAACCCCGAAAGAGAAAAUUUCACAACACUGGCAUUAUAAACGCCCUGAGACUUUGUGAAUUAAGAAACAGUGUCUUUGAGGAGGGUGAAGAUGCCUUUUCACCAUGUGAGAGCAGGGCUGCUCUACACAGACAACUACCUGAGCAUCUCUCUGCCUGAAACCAGUGAAGAACAGCUCGCCAACAUCUCCACAGAAGAGCUUGGCGAGAUUCGAGAGGCAUUCCGAGUUCUAGAUAGGGAUGGGAACGGAUUCAUCUCGAAGCAGGAGCUGGGUAUAGCCAUGCGCUCUCUGGGGUACAUGCCCAGUGAGGUGGAGCUGGCUAUUAUCAUGCAAAGACUGGACAUGGACGGUGAUGGACAGGUGGACUUUGAUGAAUUUAUGACAAUAUUGGGACCUAAACUUGUUUCUUCUGAAACCAGAGAGGGCUUCCUAGGAAGUACUAUAGACAGCAUAUUCUGGCAGUUUGACAUGCAACAGAUGUCCCUGGAGGAGCUCAAACACGUCCUGUUCCACGCCUUCAGAGACCAUCUCACCAUGAAGGACAUCGAGAAUAUUAUCGUCACCGAGGAAGAGAGCUUGAAGGAGAACUCAGGAAACUGCCAGACCGAAUUUCAGGGAGUGCAUUCGAAAAAGAAGAAUCGUCAGACGUGUGUCCGCAAGAGCCUCAUCUGCGCUUUUGCAAUGGCCUUCAUCAUCAGCGUCAUGCUUAUCGCAGCCAAUCAGAUGUUACGGAAUGGCAUGGAGUAGCCCCGCCCACUGUGAACCCUGCUUGAUCUGACCUCUCUUAAGAAACAUGCAUCAAAAACUCCACUUUCUUUUAGUUCGAAGAGUGUGGGGAGCAGAGGAUGUGAAUCCCUAGAGCGAGUUUUGUUUUUUAUAUUUAUUAUGGCGAUUGUGAUUGUGGCAGACUCUGAAACGGCAGUGAGGGAUGUUCUCUACCAUCAGCUUGACAGGGACAUGCAAGGGCUCCUCACUGGAUACCAUUUAAUGCAAUAACAUCCUGUGUCCCUCCGCGCUGUGUGUUUUUCUCAUUCCCUGUCUUUGAAAUGUGACGACUUUGUACUUUAUCUCACUCCAAGUCAUGUCAGAUGGGACCGAUGAGGAGUGAUUGGCAGCCAGUCCAAUGGAGCCGCUGCCGGAUGUCUGGCAUCAAGAGCGUGUUCAUGCUCAUCUCAAAUGCACUGUACGUUUUGUUCACAGCAUUGCAUUGUUGAUGCUUAUUUAUGGAGUUUAUUGAAGAUAUUGUUUAAUGUUGAAGGGACUGUGGGUAUUUUUGGAAUAGCAUACUACCAUACUAUUACUUUUACAGUAUGCAGUUUACUGUGUACAGUAUGCAAAGAAAAUCACAAAUGAACAAAAUAUACAGGAUACAUCAGGGUCUGCAUUGAGUACUGUAUCCCCCAGUGCAUAUUGACCUUUUGAGUGUGAUCAACUAGAAACUAUUUCAGCUGAUUUUUUUUCUCCUCCUUUGAUUGG